AUAAAACAAAGGCGUCCCGAAUUUCACUAAUAUAGUAUAAUCAGUCUGAGUAGUUGAGUGAGUAAGAUUAUUAUGUCGGCUUCAGCAGGUUCUGUUCCGGAACAAAAUGCUGGGGUGCCUCAGAUUCUUCGACGCUCUGCGAGUUAUCAUCCCAGUGUUUGGGGAGACUUUUUUCUUGCCUAUGAUACCGUCGAUCACAGGAGGACUGAUCGUGACACAGAAGAAAAAGCAGAGGAACUGAAAGAACAAGUGACGAAGAUGCUACUGGCAGCAGCUCAUGAGCCUCGGCGACAGCUUAAGUUAAUUAAUGAUAUUCAGAGACUUGGUGUUGCUUAUCAUUUCGAAGCUGAGAUUGAGGCUGCACUAAGCGAAUUUUACAAUAUUUACCAUGAGGUCUGUGGUUCACAAGAUGGCCUUUUCAUGGUCGCUCUCUGUUUUCGUCUGCUCAGACAGCAUGGUUUUAACGUCCCUGCUGACGUGUUCAACAAAUUCAAGGAUGGCCUUGGCAUCUUUAACGAGGAUUUAAGCAAGGAUGUUGAAGGACUGUUAAGCUUGUACGAAGCUGCCCACCUCAGGGUUCAUGGAGAAGAUAUACUAGAAGAGGCAUUGGCUUUCACCACAUCUCAUCUUGAACGUCUCAAAACUCAAUUGAAGAAUGAACUCCAAGCAAAAAAGGUCAUCUAUGCGCUUGAGACCCCAGUCUGGUGGAACAUGAAUAGGGUAGAGGCCAGGCGCUACAUUUCUGUGUAUGCUCUAGAAGAUUCACAUAAUGAGACACUGCUGAAUUUUGCCAUUUUGGACUUUAAUCUCUUGCAGAAAGUCUAUCAGGGAGAGCUUGUCACGAUAACCAGGUGGUGGAGAAAAAUUAACUUCACUGAGAAAUUGCCAUUUGCAAGAGACAGAAUGGUGGAAUGCUACUUCUGGGUGUUGGGGCUAUAUUUCGAGCCCCAACACUCCCUAGCCAGAAAAAUACUAAAUCAGAUAUUUGCAUUCAUGAUAACUCUUGAUGACAUAUAUGAUGUCUAUGGUACUGUUGAAGAACUUGUAAUCUUUACAGAUGCAAUUGAGAGGUGGGAUCUCAGUGCUGCAGAUCAGCUACCAGAAUACAUGAGGUAUUUUUAUGGAGUCCUUUUGGAUACUUUUACUGAAAUCGAAGAAGACCUGAAGAAGGCAGGCAUACCCCUCUAUCGUGUAGACUAUGCGAAAAAAGUGAUGAAACAAUUGACCAGAUCAUACCAUUAUGAAGCAAAGUGUUUUUACAAAGGUUAUGUUCCGACCGUGGAAGAGUAUAUGGACCAUGCACUGAUAACUGCAGCUUUGAUAUAUUUCGGAACCAGUUCCUUUGUAGGAAUAACAGGGGACUUGGUUACCAAACAAUCCCUUGAUUGGAUCUCUAAUAACCCGCUAUUUAUCAAGGCUGGAUCCUUGAUAUGUAGACUUCUUGAUGACAUGGUGGAAUUUGAGGGGGAGAAGGAGACCGUGGACGCGGCAUCUGCUGUGGAAUGUUACAUGAAGCAGCACAAUGCUUCAAAGGAAUGCGCAUUUGCUGAGUUUAACAAGCAACUUGUGUGUGCAUGGAAAGACAUAAACGCCGAGUUUUUCCGCCCAACGGUUGUUCCGAUGCCUCUUCUGACAAUAAGUUUCAAUAUGACAAGAGUGUCAUACAUUCUGUAUCAGAACAACGAUGGGUUCACUACCUCGGAAACCAAGACCAAAGAAAUUAUGACCCCAGUGCUGGUUCAUCCCAUCCCGAUAUCAAUGCCACAACUUGUCUAAAUUCGAAAGGUUUAUGUUAAUGUUUUCAAGUGUGUUGGAAAUUCGAAAGGUUUGUGAGCUGUCGCUGGUGCUGCUAAUGAGUCAUGACUCAUGAGCGCUGCAUGUUGAAUAAGCGACAUUGUUUCUUCCUAAUCAUGUUUUGUUUUGUUUUGUUUUGAGUUGUGUAAGCUUUGAAAAUCAUUAUGUAUAAUCGUUUCAAGUGGCUAACGAUCAGGCAUCCUGCUUUUUACCGGA